AUGAGAUUGCAUGAGCUGUCCUGUUCAAGUGCCGCUAUUGGAUUACUGUUGACUCUGAUUUGCUCCAUUUACAACGGAUCUGCUCGCAAGCUGACUGCUUCCUGGAUGGAGGAACGUCUGUUUCUUCGUGCACGUUGUAAAGCGAAGUGUCUACGAUUAUUUCAAAACCCGUUGGAGCAGAAGGAACUUCAGGAUAGCGUCAGUCUCCGACCGGGACAGUGUCCGUUGGCUGCCCUCGAGAACCCAGAAGUUGAGCAAGCGUCUGACAAAUCAGUGGAAACGGGUUUGGACCAUUCUGCCUGCCUCAACAUGUGCCGAUCAGACAAUGAUUGCUUAAACCCACUCUACAAAUGUUGCUCUAUCGGAUGCCGGCGGAUCUGCAUUGAGCCACAGUUGAACAAUACCGUACCACCGUUGCCGGCAGCCUUAAAUCCGAUAGAAUCAAAAGCCUCGCCUGGCAUUAUGGAACUGGACUGGUCAGGACCGUAUGCGACAGCAAACAAAGUAAUUGGACCAAUCGUUUUCAUUCUUCAAACCAGAAUAUGCAUUUGCAAACAGCUGAGUCCAGCUCAUUUGACGGACUGGCAAACAUUGAUUAUGACACAUGAGUUUGGCGCCAAGCUGGACGCAUUCGAACCGGGUAAAAUGUAUCAAUUUCGAAUUGCUGCAGUUAGUCCUCAUGGAACAAGAGGAUUUGGACCGCCUUCUCAACCAUAUCCAACAGACCCAGUACCUCCAAACCCACCGAGCCCGCCGAGAAAUCUCACCGAUUCGAUGUGGCGCUUCUAUUCCAAUGGUAACAUUCAUGUACUACUCAAUUGGGCACCGCCAGAUCACAGUGAACUAACGGUGACCGAGUACCUGGAGCAGACGCAGUAUGUACUCCAGGAGUUGCGACCGUCUACAGCCUACAAGGUUCAAGUCCGAGCGAUUUCUUACUGGCAUGGUUACGGUCCGCUGGAAUCUCAACCGAACACAAUAUUCCUAUUCACACAAUCAGUCAUGCCAGCUUAUCAUCAACAGUCAACAAUGGUGCGGCAUUCAAAUGAACUGCUUCACACACAGCCAAAGGACGAUACUCGAGAAGAGAGUGUCGCUUGUGAAUGUGGGACCAAGUCUGCACUGGGAGUACCGCUUCAAUUGAAGAAAGUUUUCUACGACAGUGGUGAAUUAAUCGCCGCAUUUGCCUUUACUCCACCCACCCCUGCAAGCACUUAUCAGCUGAACUGGUCACCUCAAGUAUGCAUCAACGCCAAGGAGAACACCGCCGUCCUUUCACAGAAAUCCCUCAAGGUUCAGGGAACGAAGCGCGUCGUCUUCCUAAAGGACCUCCGAUUUAACUGUCGCUACAUGGUUCAACUCAGGCAGCUUACUCAUGAAUUAUCGUCCAAAGAUGAGCUCCUCUGGCCACCAGUACACGAUGGGGACAGUCAACCUCGGGAUGGUCAUCCCUACACAGCACAAAACUGCUUUUGCACGCCAUCUUGCCUGGAUGUUGAAAUCAGUCGUGGGGAUUCACCUAAAAACUGCAGCCUCCCAGAUCCAGGCCCUCCACCACCUCCUCUGAAUCUUCGGGCGGUACGAGUGGAAGACAUGCGUUAUCGGAUAACAUGGAAGCCACCGAUCUUUGCAGAACAUCAGAAUAGGCUCGUCAGGAGGCAACAAGUUAGAUCAGCCCCACUUCCUUCGGUCACUAAAUAUCGCGUUCUCUGGGCUCCACGAGUCGAAGAGCCGGUCAUCAGAGAAAUGUACAAUGACGAAGUUGGAUUCAGUCCGAUUAUGGAUCUCCAGCAAUCAGAUGUACGCAUCGUGCAUAAGAACCAAACGUGGAUUGAUCUACCCAACUUGAAAGAAAAGACCCUCUACAUUGUCCGAGUCCAAACCCUUAGUGCCCUGGACCAUCAAGGCUACGAGCGGGAGAGUUCGCCAGCUGUACUGUAUUUUGUUACUCCCCAAACGAACCGGCCUGGGACACAUGCUCACAGUUUAGGAUUCAUCCGUAGCAGCCAACUUGGAAAUGCCCUGCGCUGGUUGAAACUGAUUCCAUCCAAUGCGGAAAUUGCUUCACUCUUGGAAGUGAUAAAUCCCAGUAAAAAUGGGCUCAUUAGUCUCGAGUUAUUUCUUGCAGCCGCGGUUGAAUUGUGGUACGGGCCGAUAACAAAAUUGGAGCUGGAGUUGUGGAAGGCAUUUGAAAAGUUUGACAAACGCCUAUGUGGUUAUGUAUCCAGCGAUAAAAUGUUUGAUAUUUUGACCAGGUUUGGAUGCGAACCGAUCCCAGAGCAAGAGGCAAUAAAACUAAUCAAAAGCCUUGCCAGAAUGAAUGAAAAUGCAUUACCAGACCAUCACAAGCAGGCGAUCAGAAACUGUUUGCGUUCCUUCGACCCCGGUAAUACGGGGCACGUAAAGUCCCAGAAGGUUGGAGACAUACUGCGCUCGCUAAAGUUGAUCCCAACAAACGAAGAGAUUUCCAGACGAACUGAGGAACUUGAUCCAAAUCAUACAGGAUUCAUCGCCACUGAACAUCUCUAUCGCGUGAUCGCAGAAAUGUGGCCUUCCAGUGAAGCUGUUUUUAAGCGACAAAUAUGGAAUGCCUUCCUUGUGUUUGACAAAGAGGACAGAGACCAUCACAAGCAGGCGAUCAGAAACUGUUUGCGUUCCUUCGACCCCGGUAAUACGGGGCACGUAAAGUCCCAGAAGGUUGGAGACAUACUGCGCUCGCUAAAGUUGAUCCCAACAAACGAAGAGAUUUCCAGACGAACUGAGGAACUUGAUCCAAAUCAUACAGGAUUCAUCGCCACUGAACAUCUCUAUCGCGUGAUCGCAGAAAUGUGGCCUUCCAGUGAAGCUGUUUUUAAGCGACAAAUAUGGAAUGCCUUCCUUGUGUUUGACAAAGAGGACAGAGGUAAAUUAAGUAGCCAGACACUACACAAAAUUCUCACCAGAUACGGGAAAGAGCCACUCACAGAGGCUGAAGUAAGAAAGAUUAUCAAAGAUAAUGCAGAUCCGAAAGAUGGGGAAAUUGAGUACGGAUCGUUAAUUCGUCAGUGGAUGGAAUAA